UUUCAGUCAAAAGCGAAAGUAAAAGUAAAGUAUCUGUUUAAGGACAAAGCUGUCGGGGCGCGGUUUUUUUUCCAUUACUCGAGGAUCCCAAAGAAAUUACUUUAAGCCGUAGCUGACUUCAAAUCUAUAUAUGUCAUUUUAUAUUAGGUCCUAACUUCUAUUUUAAGGGGACUGCGCUUCGAGUUGCGUGAAGGAUAUUCCGCCCCCGAGUUGCAUCAGAAUGGGUGCACUGAUGAUUCAUAUGUGUAUCGUGGCUCUUCUUGGCGCUUCAUUGUGUGACGCUGCACCUAUUUCAGGCAGCCUGGAGGUUGUGAGGUCCCCUGUCUCUGUGCACCGCGGCCACACAACCAUAUUACCAUGCUGGCUUAAUCCACCACAAAGUGCAGAGGGUUUGGAGGUACGUUGGUACCGUUCCGAUCGCUACGACACCCCAGUUAUGUUUUACCGGGAAAGAAAGUUUGAGUCUGCAUCCCAGGAUGCUUCGUACGUGGGCCGAGUCUCCUUUGGCUUAAAGGAUGCAGCGUCUGAGGGGCUGAAGGCAGGUGAUGUGAGCCUGAAGCUAGAAAAUGUCACAAUUGAGGAUGCAGGAGAUUACACCUGUUACGUCAGCAGUGAUCAGGGUUAUGACCGUGGAAGUGUCACACUCGUGGUUACAGAAAUUGGAAAUGCUCCUCUUCUGUCAGCCGUGUGGAAACAAGAUAACAUGGUGAAUAUGAGCUGUGAGUCUGAAGGCUGGUAUCCACAGCCUAAUCUGCGCUGGUCAGAUCAGAAGCAGGUUCUUACCCCAAAGAGCCUGAAGUUCAGCAAAGACUCGUCUGGUCUGCAGUCGGUCCACAGCUGGAUUCUUGUCCCCAGCUCCACCGAGGUGUCCUGCUCAGUUGGCUUCUCUGCUGAAGAGGCAAAGGAGGCAAGGGUGCACGUGGAAACCCCUCCUCAACCUGAGUCUGGAUCCUCAGCAGCAGGGGCAGCUGGAUGGGUGGCAUUCGCUAUAGUCGUCAUAGCAGCGAUACUUGGAGCGCUGUACUACAAAAUGAGAGGGAAGAAAGCCGAAUCAGGAAGUGACCAGGGAAAGAAAGCCGAAUCAGGAAGUGACCAGGAGAAUGAAAAGCUUGUACCAAAAGAAGUGAUCCAGCCAACAGAUCUGUCAACAGCAAGCAAGCACUAUGUAAACGUUACACUGGACGAGAAAGAAAAUGAGUAUCUCACGGUCAAGAAUGGUCAUAAACUCAGAGACCGCCAGUGUGAAUUUCCUGAUGGAGAGAAGGUCACAUGUCUCACAGCUAUCAAAGGAACACCUGGCUUCAGUUCUGGGCAACACUACUGGGAGGUUCGUUUAACAGCUCCUAAUGUAGGUCUCAAACAGUCCUGGUGGGUAGGAGUUACAAGUGCAACUGACAUCUCUCAAGAAGGUUUUGAUCCAACUUCAUCUAACGGUUUCUGGUUCCUGUCCUCUUCCCCUGAGAGAGCAGAUAGCUUUCAGUUUAGCACACACCCAAGAGUUUCUUUGCCCUUCGACUCAAGACCAGAGACGGUUGGUGUGUAUUUGAAUUAUGACAGUGGAGAGCUCUCCUUUUAUAAUGUGGAAAAAGGGCGUCUCAUUGGCAGUUUAACAGCUAAGUUCACUGGUGAGGUUUUUCCAUUUUUCAACCCUGGUAAAGGCGACAAAGCAAUCAUGGAGAUAUUACAGAGACCAGAACAGGGAAGUGACACGGGGAACUCUGUGCAUUCACCAGCAGAAGAGGCUUAAUCUUAAUAUUGAUCAGAGAGUUUAAAACACAUUGGCCCUCAUUCAUCAAACGAACAUAGAAACCAGCACAGAUCUGAGCGUAUAUAUCGUCUCACGUCAGGCUUCACGUGUGAUUCAUGAAACGUUCGUAUCUCGCCAAUCACAGCGUAAGAACGAUUGGCUGUUGAUAAAUGUGGCGGCUUGAAACAAGCACAAUUUAAAUGUCACGCCCUGUUAUAGACUGGGUUCAGAGGCCUCGCCCCGAGAGUUUACCACAUCCAAGGUUGCAAUAAUACGGCCAUAAAGAGGAUUUUUCUUCCUUUUCUUUUUUUUAAGUCACCUUUAUUAGCCAAGUGCACGUUACAAAUAAAAAACACAGAGGAGCAAAAUACAAAUUGAAAGCAGGUGCAGAUAUAUACAUGGGGGUUUAUGAAAUAAAAGUAUUUAUAGUUAUAUUUUCAAACAAGUUAAGUCUGUGCUCCAUAUUUAAAAUAUUCACUGAAAGUUUUCACAGCUUUUUGGUUGCAGGAGGUAAACUAUGUUUUAAAGUAAGUUUUAAUUCCAAAAGAAGAUGAAUUUCUCAGAGGUAGUGAAAUGCUGACGUCCAACAUCUGCAACACAACAAACUGGUUUUGUUUGGCAGCAUAAAAAGUGAAAAGGAAGGAAAUCAGGGCUGCUGUCAGCAGAGUAGCAGUGGACAAUCAAACACACAUUUAUACAUCGUGGUAUAUAAAGCCUAAAAGCCUAUAUGUAUGGUAUAUGUAUAUCUGAUCGUACCCUCCGCUCACGUUCACAUUGAUAAAUGUCGAGCCUUGCGUAGAAAUGACUGUAUGCCCACUUUCUGUGGUACGUUCGUUUGAUAAAUGAGGGCCAUGGGAUCAGUUUAAGCACUUAACUUGUAUUCUGUGUUAAAGGAAAAAGGG